AUGGGGCUCGAGGAUGCAAUCAACAGGAGUCUGGACAGAAGGCGAUCUUCAUCGACAAUCCGAUCGUUAACAACCAACAACCAAAAUGCCGUAGACUUUUCGUCCAACGACUUCCUGUCAUUAGCGACAAAUCAAGAAUUACGACAAUCAUUCAUCAACGAGCUAAAAAAUGGACCGACCAACACAGGCAGCGGAGGCUCACGAUUACUCGACGGCAACUCGACAUUUGCCGAAAAGCUCGAAAGGGAGAUUGCCAGUUUCCACAACGCACCGUCUGGCCUGCUCUGCAACUCCGGCUUCGAUGCGAAUGUCGGUCUUUGGUCGUGCCUUCCACAGUCGGGAGAUGUCAUUGUCUAUGACGAGCUCAUCCAUGCAAGCGUGCAUGAUGGUAUGAAGCUAUCGCGGGCGCGAAAGCGGGUCGCCUUCGCGCACAACGAUCCGUCUGCGCUGAGGGACGUACUCCGAGAAAUUGUUCGUGACGAUAUCCAGGUUCUAAAGGGCAGGCGCAACGUCUUCAUCGCCGUUGAGACCGUCUACAGCAUGGAUGGUGAUGUAGCGCCGCUCCGGGAGAUCGUUCGCUUAAUCAAGCAGCUGCUACCGGCUGGGAACGGCCACCUGAUUGUCGACGAGGCGCAUUCAACCGGCCUGUAUGGAUCGUUCGGCAAAGGUCUGGUCUGUCAGCUUGGCCUUGAGCGGGACAUGACGGUCAGACUACAUACCUUCGGCAAAGCCAUGGCGUGCAACGGUGCGAUUUUGCUCUGCAGUCCGACGAUCCGUGAGUAUCUGAUCAACUAUGCUCGGCCCUUGAUUUACACAACAUUCAUGUCGUACCCGGCUCUGGCGGCUAUCAAAGCGUCGUACAGCUUUCUCAUGGAAGGGAAGGCGGAACCCUUGUCACGGAGUCUGUGGCAGUUAAUCCACAUGUUACAUCAGAGGUUGCUCACCUUGCAGAGUUCACUGGUAGACAUGAACAGCCCGGAGAGCAGUAUGUGUGCACCACUGCGAGUGCCGCAAGACUGUCCGGAAUCGCCAAUAUUUGCCGUGCUGUCAUCCGAGCCGAAAGCGCUUGCGGCUUACUGCCAACGCAAAGGCUUCACCGUGCGAGGCAUCGUGCCGCCGACGGUUCCUGUAGGAACUGAGCGUAUUCGAAUAUGUCUUCAUGCUGGCAACACCGUGCAGCAAGUCGAUGGCCUUGUGAGCGCGAUUCGGGAUUGGGUUGAGUUGCGCAGGGGAGGUGGCGCGCCAGCUAACGACAACGUGCGCCCAAUGCUGUAG